AUGCAUAUUUAUGAAAUAAAUAUUGACAGCGAAUUGAAAAGGUUUUGGGAGUUAGAAGAAGUACCAAAUUCAACUGACACUGCAUUCUCGCCUGAAGAACAAUUUGUUGAAACACAUUUUCGGGAAAAUUACUCAAUUAAUUCAGAUGGUCGUUUUGUGGUGAAGUUGCCAUUUUUAAAAUCUAAAUCUGAAUUAGGUAAUUCAAAACCAGCUGCACUUUCUCGAUUAUAUGCUAUGGAACUGAUCAAGCCGUCUAGUACAACUACUAAAUUAAGAGUCGUUUUCGACGCUUCAUGUAAAACUUCCAACGGUAAAUCAUUGAAUUCUAUCUUGGGUGUUGGUCCUAAAUUGCAACGAGACAUUUUCGAAAUUUUACUUAAUUUUCGAUUUCCGGAAAUAGUCUUUUCAGCAGACAUAGAGAAAAUGUACCGUCAAGUUUUAGUGUCCGAUGAGGAUCGGAACUACCAACAAAUUCUUUGGAGGUUUAAUCCUAACGAAGAAAUACGCACAUACAAGUUAAACACCGUAACAUAUGGUUUAGCUCCAGCUUCUUUCCUAGCCACUAGGAUGCAUUAA